CUAUUUCCCAGGUCAUCUCCAGAGAUCGGCGCAUUCCUCUAUAAAUACCAGCCGAAGUCUGCAAGAGGCAGAAAAGCUACGCCCAGCUUCAGACGUGUUUCACUUUCAGAAAGGCUGCUCCUAAGCUCAUGGCGUUACUGUGGAAGUGUCACUGCCUGGUGGCGGUCUUGUGUGCCACCUUCAUGGGGGUCGGGGCGGACUGUGACCAGGACUGCGCUUACUGUGCCUACCAUCUGGCUGGUCAUCUGACAGAGUUUAACCCACUGAGUUGCACAUUAGAGUGUGAAGGUAAGCUGCCACCAGGAAAGACAUGGGGAAUGUGUAAGGAGCUGGAGGAAGUCAACAGACACCAUGAUGACAGUAAAAGUUCUCCUGAGAGUGACAGGGAAAAGGAAGAGCAACACUUGCUUUUGAGCAAAAAGUAUGGUGGUUUCAUGAAGCGUUAUGGAGGCUUCAUGAAAAAAGCAGACAGCGGUGAUACAUAUAUUUCCGAAGCUGACGAUGAAAAUAAAGGAAGAGAGAUACUAAAUAAGAGGUAUGGAGGGUUUAUGAAGAAGGACAUUGAAAGCCCUUCUACAGUAGAUUCUGCUGACAUUCUGAGAGAGCUGCUAAACAUAAAUGAUCUCAAUGAACGGAAGCAUUACUUGGACCAGAGCGAUUCUGAAAACCGUAGUGAGGUCAUGAAGCGCUACGGAGGAUUCAUGAACGGAUUCAAGAGAAGCCCUGAAUUAGAAGAUUUGCCAGAAUUGCAAAAAAGAUAUGGGGGCUUCAUGAGAAGAUUUGGUAAACCAGAUUACCAGAAAAGAUAUGGUGGAUUUAUGAAACGUUGGAAUGACGCUCUCAUUCCUUCUGAUGAAGAUGGUGAAAUUUAUUCCAAAGAAGUCCCUGAACUUGAAAAGAGAUAUGGUGGCUUUAUGAGAAUUUAGUCAUACAAUCAGGAAGACUGUCCCUGUUCUCGUAUUUAAGUGUAAUGUGUUGCUUCGAACGUACAGGUGGUUUUUACUGUUUAGUCCAACAAGAAUAGGCGACCUGCAACCUACAUCUUACAUGCAGAUCUAUGUCGCCUUUAGUCGAGAUGAGAUUGUCAAAAUUAAUUGUAUGCCUUCUUUGUGCACUUUCUUCUCGAACUGCUAACUGUUGUCUAAUUUUCAUUAAAUGUAAAACAAAGAAUGAUCUCAACUGCCUAGUUGUACAUAUUCAAAUAAAUAUAACCGCAAAAUGAUA